AUGAGGAUACAUAAAAGAUCACAUGAAUGUGAAUAUUGUGGAAAAAAUUUUAGUAGAAAUGACACUUUAAAAACACAUUUAAGAAUACAUACAGGACAAACACCAUAUGAAUGUGAACUUUGUGGGAAGAAGUUUAAUCAUUUGGGUCAUCUGAACAGACAUUUAAAGAUACAUGCAGAAGAAACAUUACAUGAAUGUGUGCAUUGUGGGAAAAAAAUCAAACAAAUGAGUGAUUUUAAAGUACAUUUAAGGACACAUACAGGAGAAAGACCAUAUGAAUGUGAACAUUGUGGAAAGAAGUUUCGUGAAUUGGGUCAUUUGCAGAGACAUUUAAAGAUGCAUAAAAGAGAAGCACCAUAUGAAUGUGAACAUUGUGGAGAGAAAUUCAGACUCGGUCAUGAAAACACAUUUGAAGAUACACAGAGUAGAAAUGCCAUACAAAUGUGA